CUUCACAACGUUCCGUCGUUUCGGAUGUCACUUCGGAAAUCUGAGAGUCUUAUAUUUAACAUAUUCAUGAAACACUUUAUGUUUGCCUCUUAUUUCUUAUUUUGUGCCGGCGGUGAAUCACUACACCGUCGUCAUUGCGGAAACUUGAUUUACAGCGCAUUGCCCGAUAUUCUUGACCCUGGAUAGAAUUCUGGGAUCGGGACAAUUUCAUGUUGCUUCGAUAAUAUAUUCCUUCAAUUCCACACGCGUUAAUGACCUAGAUUAUGUGAUUCGCCGUCGUACAGAAACUUGAAGAAGGUGGGGCGAAAAAUAGAGAAAGAAUAUUCACCAUGUCAUUCGCUCAGAAGAAUAUUUUCGAACUCUUUCGAAAGCCGGGGGAGAAGGUAGAGGUUCGAGGCGUCGCCCCAACUCAGAUUGUCCACGCCGGUAAUAAGACACAAGAGGAUGAAGAGCGCAACAUCACUGUGUUUAUUGAGAAGCCCAAAAAAAGACAACUUGAUCGAUGGCUUGACAAGGUGGUCCAAGUCUCUGGCUCACAAUUUGUGUUCUUGUCCAUACUAACAGGUCUUUUAACCUGGGCCCUGCUCGGUAUCAAAUUUGGGAGGAAUAAGACCUGGCAGAUCCUCAUAUCAGAUGCUCAGGCAAUUAUCUGCUACAUUUUCGAUUCGUUUCUGGUCCGCCAGCAGCUGAACUCUUACGACGAAGACAUUGCGGUCGCUGCGCAGAUGCAGUCACGGUCGAACAGCAUUCUGCGAAUGCUGUCGGAACUGAAAGAUCAACCUUCUCAAGAACAGCAAGCUAAAGUGCUUUCCCAUCUCGAUCAAGCAUUUUACGGUAAUGACAGUGUUACGAGCCAGUUGCCGUCUGAGGGUCGGUUGGGACGCUUCGUGACCUUCGUCGCCUUUGCGAUAGGCCACAUGGUCACGAUCUUGUUGUUUUGGAUUGGGGUAUUUAUCUGGAUUGGUAUCGGCCAUCUCUUCGACUACAGCGAUACAUGGCAGCUUUACAUGAACUCUGCAUCAUCCGCGCUGAUGGUCUUUACCUUCAUAUUUAUCGCCAACAUUAGUGAACGCCACAGCGUCUACACUCAGAAAUGCCUCGAUUCUCUCUUCCAAGCAGACUCAUCGCUUGAAUUACGACUCCGAUCCUUAACCCACGACGUUCAAAGCAACAUUGAGGUAGUGAUUCCUGCCCCGAAGGUCCGCAAGAUCCAGCGUGCCAUCUUCUAUUAUACUGAUUUUGUCGGUACCCUGGUUGGGAUUGCAAUCCUCCUCACGGUGUUCGCUGCCUGGGUGGCAGCCGGCCCGGCUUUAAAAUUCAGCUCGAACUGGUGGCUGUUUAUUGGAACUUACGCGGGUUUGAUCGGCAUGUUCGACGGCUUUGUGCUGCGCAAUAUGCAGUCUCGCCUGAGAUCAUAUACAGACACCGCAAUGCAAGUCGUGGACCGGAGGGACAGCCUCCUUUUUGAAACCAUCGGUCUGCCAUUUCCCGUCACGGGUCCAGAAGAGAAAAUCCCCGUGACUCACCAAGUCUCCCAGGCAUUGGACCGAAUCACUUCGCAUCAAUUCGCCGUCGUCGCCGGCUUUCUGACUGUGGUAGGUCUCAUUGCAGGCGCGAGUGCGAUGAACUGGAGUCUGACGGGUCAACUUCUGUGUAACGUUCCACCGAGUAUCCUCGAGUCUUUCCUGAUGAUAGUCUUGGUCACCGGCCACAAUUCGAUUGCAGAAAAGAAGCGAAGGGAGCUUCUCAUACUCUAUGAGAGGCGUUUGCGACUCUCAAGCUAUGUCGAAAUGAUCGAAGGGCUGCAGAACGAGUCCACACUCGGCUCUAAAGGCAAAGAAACUGUUGUUGACACGACUUUGACCCCAACCGUGUCUGGAUGAGCGUCGAAUAGCGGCGAGAGUUAAGACGGAGAUGCGCGUGUUUGUGGACUUCAACAGAUUAAGAUACCACUCUGAGCAUGGCGGCAGACUAUCGGAAUUUCAACAAUUCCUCAUGGAUGCGAAUGGCGACAGGGAAGGCAUAAGUAGAAUAGAUGGAGAACAGAAGAAAAGAACGAGAUUUGUGUCGGUAAAGUUUUCCAAACAUUAACUGUCCAGGAACAUCCGACAUGUUUUUGAUCUCAAAUUCUCACUUCUUUCCACGUCUACAGAGUAUUUAUCGUGUCUGGACCACGAACCUUUUGGCCAGCUAACGCAAUAUUGGCACGGCGAUUGCUAGAGAGCCGAAUCCCAAUGAGAAAGACGCCCGUCCGGACUGAAGUUGCUUGCGCAUACCUACCAUUCGUGGAGCUUGAUUAGAGAGGGAAGGUACUGUAUAGAUUGAAGACGUGUAGACGUGUAAUUUUUUUUUUCUUA